UCUUCUCCCCUACCUCGCGCCCUUCCAGAUCACACCACCACCGUCACCGCCUCGCCGUCGCCGCAGACCUCUCCGGCGACCCCCUCCCCCCUCCCCUCCGUCGGAGACCCCGUACAAUCCGUGCCGCCCACCACGAAGCGCCAGCUCGCGCCCCCGUCCCCGCUCCCGCAUCACGCAAUUCGCAUCGCCGGCCGCUCGGACCGCCCCCGCUCGAUCCGCUAGGGUUUUGGCGGGAUGGAUCCGCUCCGGAGCUACCUGGGGCGGGUCCUCCUCGAGGACGUCACCCCGGUGGUGAUGGUGCUGACCACCCCGCUCGCCGAGGCCGCGUGCCGCAAGAGCGGCCUCAGCUUCGUCGACAUGCUCUCCCCGUUCUCCCUCUUCAAAAAAAUCGACGUGCCCGUUCGCACAGCGAGUGACCAGCCUUACAGGCUCCAACAAUUCAAGAUUCGGAUGGUGUAUGCGUCGGAUGUCCGGAAGCAGGACUGCGAGGUUGCAGAUGCAAGAAUUAAGCUGGUCGUUUCCGAGGCCAACGAGAACGCUCUUCCGGAUUUGCUUUCAGACCCGCCACAGUUGGAAGAUGUACUCAAAAAGCCUGAAGCUGAGUUGUGCCCAUUGUGGAUUAAGAGGUUCAACAGAGAGCUAGUGCGGACACUGUCCUUUUCAGACCAUGAAACAUUUGAUCACCCCGUGGCAUGUCUUUUAGUUGUAUCGUCAAAGGACAAAGAGCCAAUCAGCAAAUUCGCUGAUCUGUUCAACACAAAUCAGUUGCCUCCUCUUUUAAAUGAAGGCAUAAUGGAUCCCCAGAUUCUGAAGCACUAUCUUGUACUUCAUGAACAACAAGAUGGACCACAAGAGAUAGCUGUGAACAUCUUAGCGGAAAUGAGGACCACCCUGGGCGUGAAUGAUUGUAAAUUGCUGAGUAUUAACUCUUCUACACAAGCGGAUGGCAGUGAUGCUGAUAAUUCGUGGUCAACCUAUAAAGCUCAUGGCCUGCACAAUAAUGAAGGAACUUGUUUCCUUAACAUGGAUGAUUUGAACGAGAUAAAGGAUUUUAUGCAAGAUUUUGCUUCUAAUCAUAUCAUUCCCUACAUGGAGCAAAAGAUCCGUGUGCUCAAUCAGCAGGUAGCCACAACAAGAAAGGGCUUCAGAAAUCAGAUAAAGAACUUGUGGUGGAGAAAGAGAGAUGAUGUCCCAGAAGCUGCAAAUGGCCCAAUGUAUACAUUCACCUCCAUAGAGUCGCAGAUCAGAGUUCUCAGUGACUAUGCUUUCAUGUUAAGAGACUACGAGCUUGCUUUGUCCAAUUACAGAUUACUUUCGACAGAUUAUAAGCUUGAUAAAGCUUGGAAGCGUUUUGCUGGUGUUCAGGAGAUGAGUGGACUUUGCUAUUUCAUGUUAGAUCAGUCAAGGAAGGAUGCUGAAUAUUGCAUGGAAAAUGCCUUCACUACAUAUUUGAGAAUUGGAUCUUCUGGUCAGAGAAAUGCUACUAGAUGUGGCCUUUGGUGGGCAGAAAUGCUUAAAACACGAGGACAACAUAGGGAAGCAUCAACUGUUUAUUUCCGCAUAUCAAAUGAGGAACCUUCCUUGCAUUCUGCUGUGCUGCUUGAGCAAGCUGCUUGUUGCUAUUUGCUGUCAAGUCCACAUAUGCUUCGGAAGUAUGGAUUUCACCUCAUCUUAGCUGGCAAUAGUUACUACUUGUCUGAUCAGAAACAACAUGCUGUUCGGGCAUACAGAAACGCUCUGUUUGUCUACAAACAAAAUCCUUGGAGUUACAUCAACAAUCAUGUACAUUUUAAUGUUGGGAGGUGGUAUGGAGUCCUUGGGAUAUUCGAUGUAGCUAUCAAGCACUUGCUGGAGGUUAUUGCUUGUAGCCAUCAGUCGCUGACAACGCAAAGCAUGUUCCUCAAUGAUUUCUUCCAUUUUGUUCAGAGUACAGGGGAAAAGUUUGAUGUAUACAAGCUUCAACUUCCUGUUUUCAACAUGUCAUCACUCAGAGUUGUAAAUGAAGAUCAUCGCACUUACGCAUCAAAUGCAGAUGUUGAUGUUAAUGAAAGCAUUUGGCAGGAGCUGGAAGAAGAAUUGAUCCCAUCAUCAUCUGUUGUUAGAACUAACUGGCUUGACACUCAGCCAAAAUCUUCUCCUUUUAGAAAUAACAAGGCAUGUAUUUGUGUUGCUGGAGGUAAAUCUUGUUUCAUUGUUUUAAUAUGUUACAACUGUCCAAAUAUCCAGUUGCCCCUAGUUCUUGGUGACCAGCAGCAAUGGCGUCCUCCGGAGCCCGGAGUUUUUGUUGAUUACUGCAGAUUUGAAAGUGAUGGAAACAAUUUCACAGUAUCGAAGCUUGACAUUGUAUUAGGAGGAGGUGAAACCAAAAAAAUACAACUUGAAGUGACUCCAAAAGUUAUAGGUAUUCUGAAGUUAGUUGGGAUAAGGUGGACCCUGUCAGAUUCGGUAGUAGGCUAUCAGUACUUCGAAGUGGCUACACAAAAGAAAAACAAGAAAGGGAAAAGAGGGGCCCGGCGUUCUUUGAACAACAACCUGAUCGUUAUCAAGGGUUUACCUAAACUUACAGGAUAUAUUGAGUGCUUGCCAGCAAAAGCAUUUACUGGUGAUUUACAACUCCUCACGCUGAAUCUGAGAAACCAAUCAGAACAUGCUGUGAAGAAUAUAAAAAUGAAAAUUAGCCAUCCAAGGUUUGUAAUUCCCGGUGAUUCAUCAGACCUUGACCUUGAAUUCCCACAGUGCUUAAGAAAGCAUGUUCAAUCAGACAGCAACACUGUACCCGAAGGUACUAAGGAAAACGUCAAGGGUUCACUAUUUGCAUUUCCUCAGGAUAUUAAAAUUCAAGGUGAUGCCACAUUCUCUUGGCCUAUUUGGUUUCAUGCCGCAACUCCUGGAAACUUCUCUCUUUAUUUGUCUCUCUAUUAUGAAAUGGAGAGUACCACUGACAUUCCGUAUCGCACAUUGCGCAUGCAUUACAAUGUGGAGGUCUUGCCGUCACUUGAUGUGUCCUUUGCUAUAAGUAUGUGCUCAUCAAGAUUCCAAGAGUAUAUUGUGCGAAUGGACGUAAUCAACAAGACUCCAUCAGACUCAUUCGCACUUCAUCAAUUGUCAUGUGUCCGCACUAAAUGGGCAGUUUCAACAUUACCCUCGCGUGAUUCCAUCAGCUUUGUGGAAACAGUGCCAGCAAACCAGGCUGUGUCAUGCUUCUUCAAGAUAAAGGAUUUAAGUACAAGUUCAUGUAUUGAGGCGGCAGACGGUUCCUGUGGAAGUGAUAUAGUUUUAUCUCCUGGUGGUAGUACUGAUGUAUUUGAUGUUUCUCGGACUCCUAUCACUGAUUUCCACUAUCAAGAAAGACACCAACAAGGGAAGUUUGCUAAGGUGCCACGUAGUCUACUUGAUUUUAUUCUGAUCUCAAAGGCAGUAGCUGUUAACUCUUCCAAGACAGAACAACUGCUCUCUCAUCAUACCUGCCACUGCAGUGCUCUCAACCAGAAUCCUGUGUGGUGGCUUAUGGAAGGACCUCGAACAAUUACUCAUGAUUUCUCGAAGUCAUGCUGUGAUGCUAACAUCCAACUGGUGAUUCACAAUUCUUCAGACCAUAACACUAGCGUGAGAGUGGUUACAUCUGACUGUAUGCCUGAGAAAAGCCAAACUGCCCCUUCACAUGAAUCUGCCAGUGGUCAGGGUGGAUGGUAUGACGUAUCUCUGGAAAAUGACAUAAAGGCCAUCUCAAGUACCAAGGGGGCACAUUCUCAGAAACAAUCAUCAGAAAGCAUUUCACCGUUUGUUUGGUGCUCAUUGAGUUCCGCUCAAGUUGAUCUGAAACCUGACAGUUCUGCUAAAAUUCCCCUAAAAGUGUGCAUAUUUGCACCCGGAACGUAUGAUUUUUCAACGUAUGAGCUGCACUGGAAAGUGCAUUCAUCUGAGAGUGGACAGGUGGAUGAAAAUGUGACAUCAGGUGGUGGCCAAGGGUAUCCUUUCUAUGUCAAUGUUCUUCAAGGCGCCUGAUGAAUUACAAUGAUGAUAAAGAUACUUCUCAUGAAGCUCAGCACAGAAAAACUUGCAUGUAGUUUAGUGCAGAAGCCUGUCCUGUGGCGGUGGACUGAAGAUGUAUGAUAUCACCAAUAUCACCAACCCAAGCUAGCGGACAGGCAAAGUGCAUAUGUACCCUGUAAGUUCCCAAAUUGGAUAUAGGACACCCAUAUACAUGGAUUCUUUUGUUGUCAGCUUCAAUACUGAUGCAUUUAUACGAGCCCUUUUUGAGGAUGAAUCAUGAGGAUAGUUCAGGUGAUUAGACGAUGUAUACCAUUGUUGUCGAUGACACUGGGGUGCGAUGAACGCUGACAGACAUUUAUCGAGUUGUUUGUGUAUCCUAUAGCUAUGUUAUUCUUGUACAUCCUUCUCUGUACCAUUUUUCGCGAGGAGGUUAGGUAAUCUUCCUGAAACUGUUGUUCUAUGGGUGACAAUUGUACCUCGGCUAAAUGUUGAAUUGUUGAUGCCAGCGUGAUUUUUUCUGUUCUUUUAUAUGAAUAGGUUGAGCUCAUGUCUGCCUGAGUAUUCAUGUAUGUAUAGGAUUAUUUUUGGCAGUCGUGAUACUUGGGUAGUAACGUUUUGACUUGGUGUAAAUCAUAAUCACAGUUUUGCUAUGCACAUUUACGAGA